GAUUUUCAUUGCAUGGUUCGUCUACAAAACUAAUUUUAUUAUAGAUAAUGAAUAUUUUGAGAUUGAACUAUAAAUUACGCAUCGUUUUGACAGUCAUAAAAAAAGUUGUCUAUACAUUUUGGUGAAAUAUAUGAACAAAGAGAAUCAAUUCCGGAAUAAUCUACCCGAUGUCCUCUUAAAAUGAAAUGGCAGAUAAAGUCAAGAAGAAUAAAAUUAAACAAUAAAAUCGGUGACUUAUAAUCUUGCAUUAAUAUAUAUUGCCCAAAGAGUGCAAAAACAGACCUUUGCAUAAGUAUUCUUUGAUUGUCUGUUCAAUCGCGGAUAUAUAUAAGCAAAUCGAAUUCUCAUUUGAAUGGAACAAAAAAAAAAAAAUCAAGCAAUUGCAAAACUUUACUAAAUCAAUAUGAAAUUCUCUUCUUUAAUAUUCAUGUCCUUUGCUUUUGUUGCCUAUGUGUCUGCACAGGAAGACGAGACCACGACAUACUAUUGUGUCGGCAAUGAUCAAUCGGGGCAGUGUAUGAUCCAUGGGUUUGAAACUACUCCUUGUCCAUCCUUUGGUAUGUUGCUUAACUGUCUAGGAGGUUACAGCAGAAGAUGUGGUGGCUGCCAGUCAAAGACUGCGGAAGGUGACGUUAUAUAUGGUGAUGCAAUGAAUAAAUGGUGUUCAGACAAAGGCGGUAUGGUAGUCACUGUAUCUAAAUUGCGUGCUUGUAAUCUGUAAAUUACACCUCAUAGUUGUAUGCUUAAAUUUAACUUUAAUAAACCAUUUAAUUUAUUUAUUUA